GCUGUUGCUGCUGCGCUGCGCUGCAUCGGCCAACUCGAGCACUGGCAACAAGGCAUCACAAUGACGGCCCGUGGCACCGACUCAUCUUUAUCCCUUCCACUCCACCGGCAAAACUCCUUCUUGGGCCCGCCAAAUACGUAUCCUCCAGGUUCUCUGUCCGAUCGGAUCUCGUCCACGCUGACUGCAAGGUAACGCGCAGGAUGGUGGCGGCGAGGCCCCUGGCGCCAUGGCUCGAAAUUAAACUUCGCUGACAGACACACACUGCUCGGCACUGCAGCAUCUCGCCUUUCCACCGCUUUCAGUUCGUGACGGGCGGCAGAAUCCUCCCGCAACCUGUCAGCGAACUCGCCUGUUCUCCUUGGUCACCCACCUGUCAGUGGGUGCUUGUCAGUUCGCCCGGUCCACUUCCUCCCUUACAGAACUGUCACCUCGACAGAGGGGACGGUCGAGGUGGUGGACCGUCGUUGACCCAAUACCGUUUGGCCUUCAGUGAGGCCACCAUCUUCCGAGUCCACCCUUGCGCUGUCCACUCGGAUGUCGCCAUGAUUGACUCGCUUUUGCCAGAUGCUUUGUCGGCAGGAUCGAGUACGGAUGGAUACUCCUAGCCCUCAACGCCUCCAGCGCCUCCUAAGCCCAGCCAGCCUCUCGAGAUUGGCCCGUGAUGCCUCGCUCCAAUCGACGUCCAACGUUCCGCCGCCUAGGUCGAUUCCAUGACCAUAUUUUCCAUUGCUACAGCACAGUUGUGUAUUCCCAUGGACGAACUGGAGCUUGUUGCAACGGUCCGGCCUCCACCUCAUUGCUAUGUCUGCGUCCGAGCGCUCCUGAGCCGCAGGCUACGAGUUUGGCGUCCCUCUCUCGAUCUUAUUAGGUGCCCAGCCUCAUACCUGCCCGCAACCCAUGACCGCCUAUCCCUCGAUAAGACAUGCCUCACAUCAUACACCACAUCAAACUGUUCCUCGCUGCACGGUACGGAGAUUUGAUUCGCCUUUGUACUCCAUGGGCGUCGGCUAGGGUGUUGUGUCGACAUCAUCUAGCCUAGCCUCCUCUCAGGCCGGCACCCACUUAUUACUCGAUCGACAAACCCUGCCCCGGGAGCCACGUCCUAGGGGCCUCAAUUCCCUGGUUCUGGCUUUUGCUGGCCGACCCAUGCCAGUGCUUACCCCUGUUGUUCCACAAGAAACCCUACCCGUGCACCCGAUACAUCAGCGGGCUCCCAAAACCAACACAUACUACACCGAUUCAAAUCCAACUCCACCGUCAAAACACGCCACUCACGCGCCGCAAUAAACCUAAAGACCCAAUGUUGAACUGGUUUCCUAUAUCUCAGAUCACGAGUCCUUCUCCCGACCGAGCUGGCUCAUUUUUCGCUUCUCUUGUCUCGUGGAGAGGACCCUCUGUUUAUUUCCGUUGAGCACCACCCAUCUUGUUAUUAGGCAGAUUGUCCCAAAUUUGUAUCGCUAAGUCUUAGAACGAAGAGCGAUCUUUUGCUGUUGAGCUACCUGACCGGCGCGCUCAGAUCCACUCUUGGGAUCUUCCCAAGUUCUCCUUGCACAGCAGCAGCAGCAACAGCAACAGCAACAGCAACAAUUGCCACCUUUUCGAGAGAUCCUAGGAACUCGCUACCCUUCUACAUCAGAGUCGGCGCCCUCAGGCGGCCCCAUUGUCUAUCUUCAACCAAGUAAUAUGACCAAAGGGACUUUCCAUCCGCCCUCAGUAGCCUCGAGAUCAGAUCCACCGUCACCAGAGCACUCCCAAACCGGGAACAGCGUCGAAGCCUUCGACAAUAUGUCUGCACGCAGCGUCGAAUCCGUGUACCCCGUGCCUCAUCACCAGCGGCGUAGCUCGUCCUGGAAUUCGACGUCGCAAUACCCGGAGAUGGUCGGCCCAUAUACCGCUCAGCCGCGUGCCCAGUACCCUUCUCAGCCCUCUUUCCCGCCUUCCAGAGCGAGUCCCAGUCUACCACCAAUUCGGGACAUCGGCGGUUAUGAUUCGCAGUACCCGCCUCCAACGAGCACCUAUCCUCAGACAUACACAAACCCGCCCGGGGUUGUGAACCAUGGAACUCAGGAGGCUUACUCCUACCCAGCAGACCGGUCAGCUUAUUAUGAUUCUGUCAAUCGCUAUGGACAAGGUUACCCACCCACAACUCGCCCAGCUGUUCCGCAGAUGGAUUAUGCGAGAUAUGCUCCUUCUCCCUACGAUUACCGGGCUGGGGUAGCGUACCCAUCACCAUACGGGACAGUGGACUACGCCUCAAGCCAGAACACGGUACAUCAUCCAACCUCUCCCACUGUUGGCGCGGAGACAGAUACACGCAACAGGAGACGGAGAGGGAAUUUACCAAGGCAGAUUACGGAUAUCUUACGUGCUUGGUUCCACGAGCAUCUGGACCAUCCAUACCCAACCGAAGAGGACAAACAGGCCUUCAUGGCCAGAACUGGCCUCACUAUUGCACAGAUUAGCAAUUGGUUCAUUAAUGCAAGAAGGCGCCAAUUGCCUGACUUGCGGCAUGCUCGCGACAGGGGCGCACUGAACUCGGGGGGUGACUAUGACCCCGAUCAGGCACGGCGGCAGCAGCAACACCAAGCGGAGUCUGCUUUGAGAUGAUGACCCAAGAGGAUCCUGCCUCCAGUUCUCCUGGAAACUCUAAUUGUCAAUUUUUCUUUGGAGAUGGACGACUGCUUUCGAGUUCUUAAGCGGGCACAAUGUUCUGCAUUUCGGGCGCCUCUCACUUGAUGUCUGGGAUUACCAGCAAUUGCUUCAAUGCUGCCAAACUGACGGCAGCUUCUUUUGGGCUGGGACAUGAUCAAGCAAACGAAUGACGUGUAACGAUGGUUCAAGAUCGCUUUUGACAUGGCUGCGUUGAGGCCACAGACCUGUCUAGUAAUGAGAAAGAUGCAUUUGUGGGAUAUCCUCUUGGAUUAGCUUCUCGGUCUCCUUGGGUGACUUCAGUCCGGAUAGGCCCGUUUCUUGUCAAUAAUAUCCACUACUAUAUUACGAGACACGACAGAAAAGGCGGUCGAUCCACCGGCGCAGGGGCUGUGGGCGUGCGACCAGCAGAUGAAGUAAGUUGGCAGGUGACAACUGGAGUCACGUCCCUCGGUCGCUUGAGCUCCCACGCGUGUCUCCAGGUCUGUCGUGCUGGUUUGUUGCUGGCUUGUGCACUUGAGGGUGGCUACUAGUACUACUUGCCGGGUCUCUGUAAGCAAAUCUGAAUAUUGGCAGGCAUACAACAUGUGGUUGAUGACUGGCAGCUGCAAAAUGCGACAUUAUUAGUACUACCACAUCAAAGUGGUACUGAGGAGAUACCUUAUGUUGUAUUCACUCAGUGGGCUGGUUACGUUGACGGCCAUUCAAGUUAUACUACGAAUUGACAAGAAAGUCGCGCACCAAAGCCUUAUACACGGCACGAGGUGUCGAUAGUAGUAGAGGGGUUGAUUUUGGUACGGUUCGAUCUGAACUUGAAUUUGUCGACCUCUGCCACGCGUAUUUUGUCGGCCUGACGAAGUAGAAUGAGUCCCGAUCACGGUGGCUUUAGGCGGAAGUAUUUUCCUUCGGCAAGUCAUGGCGGCGACGAUGAGGGAGUCCAAAGACUUCUAGGCAGGCUUAUCACUCCUUCUAGUGGCUAGGAGCUAAUUACUGUUCCCUCCCGCAGCAGGGGAGCUGGCUGGGUCGCCCUCAAAACAGAUUCGAGAGCUAAUAAAAAGCAGCUCAUCGCGCUGGGGGCCGGUGCUGUUAGUCCUGCAACCGUCAGUAUCCGGCAUAUUUCUAGCACACCACGGCAAUAAUGAACGAGAACCGUGGCCAAAGGCACGCCGUCAUUCAGACCAGCCGCCCUAGGGCCUACCACUGUCAUGCCUGCUGCAUUCCUGCCCAACUUCAGCUCUGUCGGGAGCAGUGUCAAGUAGCAAUACGGUUGACCGAUCGUCAUGCUUCACCACACCGGUCGGCGAUAUACUUUGACCAUCAUCGCGAACGAAGACCACUUAUCCGCGAACUCUCGUCACAUCAUCAGCCCGCUGCCAAGGGAACUGAACAACAGGGGGCGAAUGACUUGGGCAAGAGAUGCACGGAUAGUACGGGCUCGCACUGAAAUGAUUGAAACUCUAUUCGGUCUACGGACAAUAGAUCCAUCAAGCCAGAGAAACAGCAACCGGCGACUCGCCAAACCUGGGGCAAUGGUGUCCAUCAUGCAGUGCCCGGGCUCAAGUAAGAGGCCUAGCUAAACGCCAUUCAAUGCAUAGUACUGCUGCUGGGACAACGGUGCGAUCCCCGCUGGGCUACGCAUGAGCAAGGCCCAUCCGAGUCGGGGGCAUCUAUCGGGAGCUGGCCUUCUACCCACGGCGGCUAAACAAUCUUGCACUGUCCUGAAGUCCUGUGAACAACGACAGAACAUUCUGCGCCGAUGAAGUUCUCAGGUUCAUCGUGUUCAGGUUGUAGUAUGCUUUCCUAAACAACCUCUCUCACUCAUAUGAAGCACUGCGACGAGGCCUUAUACAUAGCUUGCAAAAAGCCCCGUAUAAGGCCCGUAAAAAACUAAAGAAAACUAACAUUUGAGCCUGGCCAUGGCCCUCGUGUACUACUGACCUAUCUAUCAACAGAAAUUUCAACUGUCCGGCUCAGUACUCAGGCUGUCUGUGAGUGAGCGAGGAAAGGGCGACCCUCGCAGCCACCCAAACUCAUUAUUGGCGAGAGGAUUUGCUCUCACCAGAAGCUCAAAAAGUCUUCUCGCCACUGAUGCCAGAGUCAGGAGCGUUUCUUGUGGGUUUUCUGGUGGAGAUAUGUCAGUCUGCGCCCCGGAUUGUUUACUUGGUGGCACCCUUCGGUAGCAUCCACUCGAUCAUGAUUUCAGACCGAUCGUACCUUUCACAAAGAGUGCAGAGCAGCCCUAGGCCCUGGAAAAUGAUUGAUUGCGGGCUCCAAAGCCCCCGUGGCUGUAGCUGCCACUUGAAAAUCCUUCGACGCACAAUCCCAGCCCCUUCUUGGAGUCGACAGCGGCUGUUCCUGAGCUGGCAGUGGGCAACAAGGUAUCACCCCUAAAACAGAAGCAACUAAAAACCAUCUCUUACUUCCUGGCUCUGCAUCAUUCAGCAUGCUUCCCAUACGCAGCAGAGCAUUUAAACGGUCCAGGGGUUGAAAGCCGGCCCUGGGACGAGGAGGCUGGUAACGCUCCAAGCGGCGCCCAUGGCUUCGCAGUGAGCCACCCAACUACUAGGUACAUGAUACAUGGAAGCCAAGUGAUAACCGGAAGCCUCCAGAGACUCUUUCGUCAUGGUCAAGUUGAGGUCAUAGCCCAGGAUGUCACGACACCAGUCGUGUGAGGAGGAUGGAGCCUCUUUCCUCCACCCACCGGCUGAAGCUCGACAGGCUUGAAGGCCAUCAUGAUCUCUAAGCGAGAAACCUAUACGCGGCUAAAGAUGCAAUAUAUGUGGAGAUGGCACAGCAGUGGCUCCCACUACAUCGCCCUCAGCUUGUAACCACUUGUUCGAUUCCCAUCAUGGGUCACUGUCGCAUCUGCCAAGCUCUUCCUCAAGGAGCAGCCAUCAACAUCACGAAAUCUUGAAAACAGUUAUGUUGGCUUGAGCCAUAUCAGACCUAACGUAUCUCCUUUGCAUAUAGGAGGGGUUUCUGCCAAAAGAUCCUGAAGACGCUCUUUCUACCUUCAGGGACCGCCCGGGCAUUGACACUUGCGGGUCCGAAAUUACCAUGAACGGGUGCAUCGUCUCGAAAACGCUGUUUGGCGCUUUCUUUAUCCAUGGCGUCCAUGCUAUGCCUUAGAUUUAUGCAAGCAGCGUGGCUAAGCGCUUUCACCCUUCAUCGUCCAACCUUAAAUCUUCUGUCGAGCCCCACGCCUGGAUUUACGAUCUGCAUGAACCUGUGCAGCGUUGCUGCUCGAGGAGAACUGUGCCAUGAACAUCUCAUAGCACAGUACAUGCAGUGCCCAGAGAUACCAAUCUCAAAAGAAUCAAGUGGUUGAUCCGGGUAGCUACAAAUUUCAUUAUACCCAGGAUACUUCAUCAGAAGGUAAUGCUUUUGAAAGACCGAGUACCAGGACAGCAAAAGCAUGGGGCAUUUACGGACUUGUUUCGCGCUGUGGACAUGAUUCUUCCACGCUUCGAACUCUGGUUGUCCUGCUAGGCCUGUGGGUGAUCCACGCUGUUGGGGAUCCACCGUCGCUCAGGUUGAGAGGUCUGUCGAUACGUACUAGUACAGAUGGAACUUUCGACUGUAUGUGGCGAUGGUUGGGGCAUAUUACGUGUGGUCUCGUCGUCUGCUCAGACUACUCUAGGCCAGUGCAGGACCCGGCCAACUCUAUACAGAUACAAUCCACGUUACCACCAUAUUCCCGGCAGCAGACUGGCAAAGAUACGAGAUCCGCGGCUGAUUGUCCAUAAACUUUCAACCUGAGAUGCCAAAACCACGAGCCCAGGUCAGACCUUCGACUUUAACAGGCCACUUGUCUGGGUGGAACUGGGACCGCACCAUGCGGAGCGAGCAAAUCGAGAGCAGGCUAUGAUUUAGACAGCUAGGUUCAGAACAGUCCGUUCCCUAGUUUGCUGCCAGCCAACUCUGUUUUCAGAAAGUCCUCCGUCAACAACGGUGGAAGCCGCGGAAAUAACUUCUGUCACGGCACCGGGCGUCCCCACUCCGUGGGCUUUCGUGUCGAGGGCCAGAAGAAGGUUCCAGUUUGAAUUUCACACAAGGACCGGGCAGCUAUGCUCCUUCGCUAAUUAGUGCGAAGUGGAGUGUCAGAAGCAUGCAUCAGAAAGGGAGUGCUGUGUGCAGUGUGCACCGAUGUACAAGCCCAACAGGGACAGCUGGGUGACCCAGUGUUUGGACCUCCCUAAGUCCUGGCAGCUAAAGGCUGUUACAACUUACGCUGGCAGGUGAUUGUUUGUAGGAAGAAACACUGGCGACUCCGAGCCGAGAAACGCAGAUGUUACAGUGACACCUUUCCCGCACUUUUGAAGGCGGACUACCUCAAAAUGACACAGAAAGCACUCUGGACGGUGCUUACAUGGUUUCUGGACAUGCAGAGCCAUUACCUGUGGAUUUUGCGGGGGACGCUUAUUACUCCUAUUUCUUACAGGUGCUCUGUAAGGGUGUUGAUGAGUUCCACGACAUAACACUUGGAUGUGCUGUAGAUGGCAUUGGCACCUCCCAAGAUCACUUGACAGCUUCUGUGCUCUGGUUUUGAGUCUGCGAAUAUCCCGGUCCUGCGAUCAGAACUAUAAUAUUCAUCAGCUCCAGGAAUGAGCUUACGAUUUCCACCCCAUCUGUGCCCCGAAGUUAUGGACGAGUCGAGGAAACUCCCAACAAGAUGCUUCUAUUACUUCCGUGCUCGGGCGGAAGUUGGGGAACUGCAUAUAAACAAUUCGGGCUGAUUGCUUCAGAUGAUGAAGCUGAUGGUUUAUCCUCGACGAUCACCCAGCCACAGGAGCAUUAAUACAUCAUCCGUACUCCAUCCGGGAGCACUUUUUCAACAAGGCGCUUCCGCUUUCUAGCCAUGCCAGCACCACUGAUGCUCAGUUCUUCGUCAGCAUUUAGGUGAUAACGGCUAGUCCAGGUCCUGGUUCAGCCACCAUUCUUCCAAUGAUCACGAAAUGGCCACCUUUGCACCAAAAAACGCGUUGAGCUUUGGACUUGACCCCUGGAUAGUCCGGCAUCAAACAGAUGGACUCGGCAUCGUCACCUUUACACAGCUUGUGGCUAUGACUGCCUUGUCCUAGGCCAGAGGUCCAUGUUAUAUAUAUAGUUUACAUCAUGAUCAGAAAGGGCAUUGUGCAGGGAUGUUGCAACGGAAGUAUAAGCUAACAUAAGUACGGGCUCCGAUUGACUUUUUUUUCGCACGUCUAGCACCUUCCCGGCCUGGGCUGCCCGUGGUGCUAGGUUCCAUCCAAAAUAACAAAAAGAGAGUUUUGGCAAGACUUGGUGAAGUAAUCACUUGCUUAAUGCAUUCUUCGACCUCAAAUACACUUUCAGCAUGCAGUACUCCCUAGUACGAGCAGAGCUCAGAUGCACUCAGUGCGCGGCAGGGAUGAUUCACUUACAACGUAGCCUGAGCCCAUGACCCUCGUUGACUAGGACUGACCCGGAGUCCUACGAUCAUGCCUGUUGUUGCCCUUACCUUCUACCGCACCGCGUUCAGCAACCGCCUGCCUGCAAAAGCUGUCAGCUCAGAAUUGACAACUUCGCAAAUGCCCCCAGUCUCUACUCGCGCGAAACACCAGACACCGAAGAUAACCUGACCUUGAAGAGCUUCGACGAGCCCCUGGUUCAACUCGACAACGCCUGGCUUUUUUGCUUGUCUCCCUGCAUUGUAAUCACUGCAGGGGAUUCAUUCAAGCACAGCCCGGAACACUUUCCUAAGAAUGUACUGCGUUCCAGGGAUGUUUGAGCUGGGGGCCAUCUGGGUGAUCAAAAUCAAAUCGCUGCUUUGAGUGAGGCAAGGCUAAGGGCGUCAAACAGACUCCCGGCAGCUGUUUGGCCGAUGUUAAGUGUUUGUACCCAAUUCUACCGUUUGCCUUGGAAAUAUGUUCCCAUGGUGUACACAUGGGUGCUGCUGAUGGGCCACAUUGGGCUUCAAUGAUACGAAUACAGGAUUCUCUACCGUAAAUACCUCAAUGGCAAACCACCGAGCAUGGCCACGCUUCAUGACUACCUUCUCCUCUACGCGUCCUACUUGACAUACUUUGUGCCCAAACGCACCACUGACGACCGAGGAAGUUCUCAGCGUUGUUAUGAAGAGUGCAGUAUAGAAGAUUGCGAAGCGCCACUCCUUCUAUCGUGUUUUAGGAGCACAUUUGGAUCAUGCUGGGGCUGGUUUCAGGACAGUGUGGGCGAAUGCUUACUGGCACACAGUAUUAUACCGUUGACAUCCUUGGUUCUGGCUUCAGAACCUGAGAAGAAAAGUGAGACGAAUAGAGGUACUUCUUCAGGUUGUUUCUCAAUCGUGCACAGCAGAGGUGGAACAAGAGUGUUAUAUCUUUGGUUCCCGAAUCGCUCCGUCGCUCCAAGAUUACGGCCACGAUGAUUUCUCGCGAAGUUACGGACAUACCGUCUCUCAUGAUUCAGAAGCAGCCCGAGGAACCGAGACUCUACGAGAGUAUCUUCUCAUGGCACAAGUAAAGUUGGAAGGAAGUUGGACCUAUGAGGUUCCAGAACGACACAACACCGUUUGGGCACGGCAAUAUCUUGUGGAAAAGCAAAGGCGGGGUCAAGUAUUGGAAACAAGUGUCUGGGGCCAGUUGCAAAAACCGACAAACGAACAAGAGAACAGAAUAGAAAAGUUCAGCUAGGAGCCCUGCGGAAGCCUGCCGUAUUUUCCGGUGAAUUACUCGAACCUUUUACCCUUUUGUCUGCAACAACUUGAUCAUGGACACGGCAAGAGCUUGCUGACUGUUGCGGCGGCAUCAAAGGCACAGGGCCUACGUUUUUGAUGAACAAUGUUGACUUCAUGGCCAGCAGGGCUGCAUAGACACGUGGAAAAGCACGAUCGAUCGUUCAAUACUUCGAAUUCGGGCGGGCAUGGCUCAGGAGUUUUGAACCGACACGACGACCUUCCUCCCACCCUUACGAAGUGCUAUGCUACCACAAGAAAAUAUCGAACAGUGAUGGCCCAGUACGAGGAAAGGGUGUCUAAUUCCACUGUGGUCCAUUGCUACCAGCAACAAGGAAGAUAUGAUCUCGGAAAGUUUGUUCGUCCACAGUUAACCCAAAAAGCAGGCCACAAAUCCGGCGUGUGGUGGCGCGAGGCUGUGGUGGUUCAGGGGGCGUGGAAAUGUGCUAGCCACACGACUGCCACUAGCUGAACUAGAUGUGUACUACCCAUGCUAAUUUCGUCUCACGACAGCGAGCACCAGAGUGAUGACCACUACUUGGUAGGUACUACUACAAGCGACCAGACUUGUUUGGCCAGGACCGCUGUCAUGGUACACAACCGAGUUGGCAUACGUCAGUCCAUCUCGGUUGGCUCCCGGCAAACCAUCUCGGUACUACCUAACGUACUGGCAGAUCCUUUCUCGCUGGCCAAACACUCGACCAAAGCCCCCGUUGACAACUUAUCUCGGUACUACUGCACUUACCGCAGAAGCAUGUAUUUAUCUGAUGCAACGGGUGGUACUCAUGUACCAUGUACUUCAGGUACCUGUAUCAAGGUGUGUCUGGCACCUGACCAGCGUAAGUCCUUUGGUCAGAUGAUAGCACCAUUGAAGCAGUGCCAACAAGGCGGAAAGGAGAAGGGGUGGCAAGGCUGAUGUAGAUAAGAUUAGAUGCAAUCUCCUGUGUUCCAGAACUGCCACUGGCCGUGCAAGCCCGCGUAAUCACCGUUAUCGGCUCAAUCAGCCGCGGGUAAGGUGCC